AUGCGGGUUAGAAUAGUACACUUGUGGUUUUAGACUUCGGUGGUUCCUCGACGAAUGCUACUCCUUCUUCUCUCUAUUUAUAGUUGAGACCUCAUCGUCUGAAGAAAAACCUAGCGAAGUAUCUCUUCGGGAUCGAGUUCUCUUUCUCUUUGCUUCUUCUUUUUCGAAAUGAGUAGCUCUGGGGUUUCAUGGAAGUUGGAGGACCAUCCAAAGCUUCCCAAGGGGAAGACUGUGGCUGUUGUGGUCUUGGAUGGAUGGGGCGAGGCUAAUCCGGAUAAAUACAAUUGCAUUCAUGUUGCUGAGACACCGACCAUGGACUCGCUUAAGAAGGGUGCUCCAGAAAAAUGGAGGUUGGUAAAAGCUCAUGGCAAAGCAGUUGGUCUUCCUACUGAAGAUGACAUGGGAAACAGUGAAGUAGGUCACAAUGCACUUGGAGCUGGACGAAUUUAUGCUCAAGGUGCCAAGUUGGUGGACUUUGCACUUGCAUCUGGAAAAAUAUAUGAAGGAGAGGGUUUUAAAUAUAUCAAGGAAUGUUUUGAUAAGGGCACUUUACAUCUUAUUGGAUUAUUGAGUGAUGGAGGGGUUCAUUCACGGCUUGAUCAAUUGCAGUUGCUUCUGAAAGGUGCCAGUGAAAAUUGUGCAAAAAGGAUCCGUGUGCAUAUUCUUACUGAUGGACGUGAUGUUUUGGAUGGUACUAGUGUUGGCUUUGUAGAAACAUUAGAGAAUGACCUUUUAAAGCUACAAGAGAAAGGUGUUGAUGCACAAAUUGCAUCUGGUGGGGGGCGAAUGUAUGUCACUAUGGAUCGUUAUGAGAAUGAUUGGGGGGUUGUUAAGCGUGGUUGGGAUGCUCAAGUUCUUGGUGAAGCACCACAUAAGUUUCGAAGUGCUGUUGAAGCCGUGAAAAAGCUCAGAGAGGAUCCCAAUGUUAACGAUCAAUAUUUGCCCCCUUUUGUUAUUGUUGACGAGAGUGGGAAACCUGUUGGGCCUAUUCUGGAUGGUGAUGCUGUUGUAACAUUCAACUUCCGAGCAGAUCGUAUGGUGAUGAUUGCGAAGGCAUUAGAAUAUGAAGAUUUUGACAAAUUUGAUCGCGUCCGUGUUCCAAAGAUUCAUUAUGCUGGAAUGCUUCAGUAUGACGGUGAACUGAAGCUUCCAAAACACUAUCUUGUAGAUCCUCCAGAGAUAGAAAGAACAUCUGGUGAAUACUUAGUGCACAAUGGAAUUCGAACAUUUGCUUGCAGCGAGACAGUCAAAUUUGGUCAUGUGACCUUUUUCUGGAAUGGCAAUCGGUCUGGUUAUUUUGAUGCAUCCAUGGAAGAAUAUGUUGAAAUUCCUAGUGAUGCUGGAAUUACCUUCAAUGUGCAACCUAAGAUGAAAGCCCUGGAAAUUGCAGAGAAGGCAAGGGAUGCUAUUCUCAGCCGCAAGUUUGACCAGGUUCGUGUUAAUCUUCCCAACGGAGACAUGGUGGGACAUACAGGUGACAUUGAGGCCACUGUUGUAGCUUGCAAGGCUGCAGAUGAAGCCGUCAAGAUGAUUUUAGAUGCCAUAGAGCAGGUUGGUGGGAUCUAUGUUGUCACUGCUGAUCAUGGAAAUGCUGAAGACAUGGUGAAGAGGAACAAAUCUGGCCAGCCUGCGCUUGACAAAAAUGGGAAUAUUCAAGUUCUCACAUCUCACACGCUUCAACCGGUACCUAUUGCUAUCGGCGGACCUGGACUAAUGCAUGGAGUACGAUUCCGGAGUGACGUGCCUGAUGGUGGUCUGGCAAAUGUUGCAGCUACUGUAAUGAACCUCCAUGCCUUCAUUGCUCCUAGCGACUAUGAACCAACUCUGAUUGAAGUGGUAGACAACUGAUAGGCAUUUAAUUGCAAGUGCUAUUGAUGUUUAUCCACGCAUCAGUGAGCUCUAAAUAAUUUUGUUUUUGGAAUCAGAGUAUUGUUUGCAGUCUUGAUGGAUGGUUUGUAUAAUGUGACUCGCUAAAUUGUGACAUAACUGUCAUUUUAAUGCUCUACUUAUUCUACUCAAUAAUUGCUUCAAAUGAA